GAGCACGCAUAAUAAGCACCGUCUCACUCUCGCUCACUCAAUUAUUUCCAUGGAGGAGGGGUCGCCAUCAUUGCCUUUCCCAUCCCUAUCGGUUCCCCCUUUCUUAGGGCAUCUUGCAGAUCCACAAAUCCGGCUUGCUCGAAGUUCCAUCUGGCUUGCUCCGUUCCUUCUCCGAUCCCGAGUUCUGUAAGAAGAAUCGUCGUUGGGUCAUGUGAUCAUGCCGGCCACGGACUACCAGGGCUCUUCUAUCCCUUUCGCCUCCAUCGGCCGGUCCAUCCUGAGCAUCCGCCGUGACCAGGUCCACGCCGUCGACAGCCAACAACAUGACUCUUCCUCCGGUGACCUCGGGGUUGAGGCCUUCCAGAAGCACGUCGCCGACCUCUUCCUCGACCUCGCUUCCGCCUCCUCGUCUUCGACGGCCGAUGAGCUUCUCUCCCUCGCUUGGGUCCGCAAGCUGCUCGACAGUUUUCUCAUCUGCCAGGAGGAGUUCCGGGGCAUCCUCUUCGGCUGCGGCAAGGGCCAGGAGAUGAUGCUCUCUCGGCGCCCCCUCGACCGUUUCUUGUCCGACUUCUUCGACCGCGCCGUCAAGGCCCUUGACGUCUGUAAUGCCGUCCGCGACGGCGUCGACCAGCUGCGCCAGUGGCGCCAGCACCUCGAGAUCGCGCUCGCGGCCCUCGGCGGCGGCCGGCCCCUCGGCGAGGGCCAUCUGCGUCGCGCCCGCAAGGCCCUCACCGACCUCACCAUCCUCAUGCUCGACGAGAAGGAGGCCGCCGGAGGGCCCGCCCUCAGCCACCGCAAUCGCUCUUUCGGCCGCGCUGGCAAGGAGCCGCCUCACCACCGGCGUGGCGGUAGUGGUGGCGCCGCAGCCUCGUUGGGGAACUUCCGUUCCCUAUCCUGGAGCGUCUCCCGGUCAUGGUCCGCCGCACGGCAACUCCAGGCAAUCGGGAACAACCUCGCUGCGCCACGGGGCAACGAGGUCGCCGCGACCAACGGCCUGGCCGUCCCCGUGUACACUAUGGGCUCCGUGCUCUUCUUCGUGAUGUGGGCACUCGUGGCAGCGAUCCCGUGCCAGGACCGUGGCCUGCAGACCCAUUUCUCGGUCCCUCGGACCUUCCUCUGGGCCGCGUCGAUCACGUCACUCCAAGAACGUAUCUUUGAGGAAUCGAAGAAAAAGGACAGGAAGAACUCGUGCGGGCUGCUAAGGGAGAUCCACCAGGUCGAGAAGUGCAGCCGCCACUUGUCGGAGUUGUUGGACCUCGUCGAGUUCCCAUUGACGGAGGAGAAGGAAAUGGAGCUGAGGCAAGCGGUAGAGGAGUUGGCGGCGGUUUGCAAUGUCUUGAAGGAGGGACUGGACCCGUUGGAGCGGCAGGUGAGGGAGGUCUUCCUCAGGAUCAUGAGGAGCAGAACCGAAGGCUUGGAAUGCCUGAGCAGGUCACACGACCCCGAGUGAAUCACGUCAACCUAUGUGCGCCGCAGGCGUGUGCAUCUGCAUUUGGUUUUGGGCGAGGCUGUCUAUGGGAAGAAGGCGAUGAUGAAUCAAACGCCUUCUCGGACUAGUAAGAUGAAGCAAUUAAUGUUGCUCUUGCACUUGGGUUUGAUCACGGGUUGUGCAGAGACGCAGGGAGGAAAGCAGCUUCCUUUCCAGUGUUCUUCUCCAACAAUUUUAUAUAUACUGUACUCGUUUCCUGCAAAUUUCAUCUUCCUUUGCUUCUUCUUUGGCAUGUUUCUUUGGUAAUGGCAUGCAUGGCUUCAUUGUUUUAUAUUAUCUAACAUUGCAAUUCAUUAGGAUACCGUCA